CUCUCGUACGUGCUGUUCGUACUGAUCCACCAACGAGGUACAAGGUGACAAGCCGACUCCCACGGGUAGAAUAAACAAAGGAAAAAGGACGAACAGGAGAUAAUUGAAUCGUAAGAGGAAAUGAAGACAAACUCGUAGGAUGAAGAAAGAAGACGGAUAAACCAGGAAGAGACAGACAGUGAAACGGUGUGCUCUCUUGCGUUUAACAUUUCAACGAGCCACUAAGCGUCGCCGCGGAUUGGUCGGCGAAGCGAGCGUACGGAUUUUUCGUCGCAUCCGCAGAUUCAUGCAAAUUAAUGGUGGAAGAGGAACGGGUCGACAAGUGGGCCAACGUGCACGGCCAGUGCACUUAAUCAGAAUGAAAUCUAAGAAGUCACGGGCAACAAUGGCUUUGUGAUGCACCAAGGAGCCUGGUCGGCGAAAUGAAAGUCCCCGAGAAACAAUGGAAGCGUCCACGCAAGCAUGACGGCUCCAUUCAGAUUCGCAGACGGCAUGCUUAGUGGCGGCCAAAGCAGACGCUCAAAUCUCUAAACGGCAGGGGAAGGAUCCAGAGGAACAAAUAACAGCUGCAGAAGAGAAACUGAAUCUGUGGCAUGUUAGGGCCAAAGCAGCACCCUCUGCGAGGGCGUAUCCUGUUAGCCCUCUUCUUUUUACUGGGCACGUUCGCCUUACUGUCACGAGCAGCCGCGUUUCCGGAUUGGACCGACUGCCCGGCAGUGUGUCGAUGCAAGUGGACUUCUGGCAAGAAGUCUGCUCUCUGUCCUGACGCUGGUUUAACGUCUCUUCCGGCCUCGUUGGAUCCCGACAUGCAGGUGCUGGAUCUCUCCGGGAACAAGAUUCCCGCGUUGCAAGCAGAAGUCUUCAAACGUUCCGGUUUGUUGAAUUUACAAAGGGUGUUCCUGAGGAAUGCCGGUAUACACCAGAUCCAUUCAGAUUCCUUCAGGGACAUGAGAAUCUUGGUUGAGAUUGACUUAUCGGACAACCAUGUUAAGAGCCUGGAGCCGGGCACGUUCUUGGGCAACGAAAGACUGAGAAUCCUAAUUUUAAGCGGCAAUCCUCUCGGCAACCUGAGGAGCCACCAGUUCCCGAUUCUGCAGCAUUUGCGGAAUCUAGAGUUACAGAGGUGUUCGUUGUCCGAGAUCCACGGGGAGGCGUUCGUUCAUCUGACUGGACUGGAGUCGUUGAGGUUGGAUCAGAACGAGCUGGAAUAUCUGGAGGCGUCAGUGAUAUCCAGUUUGCCACGUUUAAAGACUCUUACGUUGGACGGUAAUCAGUGGAGCUGCGAUUGUAGGCUUCGGGACUUUCGUAGUUGGUUGAUACCUGACGGACCCAGCAAAUUGUACUCCGUGCCUCAAGUGUGUUCAUCACCGAUACGACUGAAAGGUCGCAAGUGGGAGGAUGUGAAACCCGUUGAGUUCGCUUGCGAGCCGGAAGUGUUUGUGCUGGCUAGUAGCAUCCAGGAGGAGACGAAUGGCAAUCUAAGCCUGGCUUGUUUGGCUACGGGAGAUCCGGAACCCGAAGUCUGGUGGCAAUUGAACGGUGGCCCGGUGAACGCGACGAAACUGACCGAGCAAACUUAUUCAGGAACUUACGUUGCGUACGCGACCUCGGACGCCGGCACAGUCUACAACGAACGGUCUACGUCGGCGAGGAUAACGGACAGGUGGAAUAACCUGACGGUCUACAACGCAAGUGACGGUGACGCUGGAGAAUAUUCUUGUUUCGCGAAGAACAUUGCCGGGCUAGCCAGGGACACGGUCAGUGUGGCGAUUCCGCGAGUGUACACAGCGCCCACGCUUUCCCAAAGCGAUAAUUGGUUGUUAUGGGUCAGUUUGGCUGGCGGUGGUGCCGCUGCAUUGUGCGCCUCCAUUUCCGCGGUAUUGUUAGCACUUUGCGUGUGCGGUGGGACUCGUCGACACAGUGCCCGCGAGAAGGUGAAACUGCAAGGUAGUACUAGCUUCGGUGACCAAGAAAAGAAGCUGCUCGAUCUUUCCGUGACUACCACGACUCCAGGAAACAGCAACGAUCGAGGUAGUGGCCACGGUAGUUUGGUGGAGGCUUGCAGCACAGGUGACUUGGAACUUGCGGAACGCGGCUCGAUCUGCGAUCCAAUGAGCGCAGCUACCGUCACUGUCGAGAGACUGCGUCCGGAAGUCACAAGUGGUUCCGUGAACGCUAUGAGGGCUGUUCCCUGCACCGCGAUGUUUCCGCCACCGCCACCUGAAUUCACCAGUGGCGUUCUGCCAGCUGGAAUCUUCGGAAAUAUAUUUAUUUCUGUGUCGAUGCCACAGGACUCUUCGGAUCGUUGUUAUCCCGACUUGCUAGAUAUCCCGGUUCACGGCACGAGCAGUGCGAUGAACAAAACCACCUCAGCCUUACCAUCCGCAAGCAGCGUGUCCAGUUUUGCGACGCUACCGCGACGAGCAUUACGGUCGAGCGACCUCUGUUCCCCUUACGACAAUAUGGGGCCCCGUGUGACCGCUAACGGGAGCUCCGCGUUCUCAUUGACGGACGUGGACCUACGAUUAUCACCUCCACCGCCACCCCGAAUUAUUCAACCGCCGCACGAGUUCGUAUCCCUCUGAGACACGUCGGAGUGGGUAGAGGGUGCCGGCUAGUCGGUUAUACUUGUUCAAAGCUCGUCCGUCGCUUUUCUUCCCUCAACGUUCAGUCGCGUCCUCCCUUAAACGGUGUCUUCUUCAUUAUUGUGUUCGUCGUCGACAGUAUUUCCACACGGUGUGUACCCCGCAUUUUAUACGGUGAGCCAUGGGCCUACCAGGUGAGACUACCAAGAGACUAUGCGUGAAAACUUGACUCUGAUCGUUCAUUUUUCUUUCAUCGUUUUUCAUCGUGGACAAUUCUUGAGUUUCAUGGGCUGUGAUGUUUUUUUAGUUUCCAAGAACCUCGUACAGUGACCUCGAUGUUUCUUCGGUGUGAUAAAAUUGUUCUGAUAAUCGACGAGUCUUUCAGAGGCGUGAGGAUUAUGGUUGAGAUUUUUGUAAUUCGUUUAUUUUCAAUCGUUAUCGUAGUUGUACAACAGCGAUCAUUCGAAGAUGAACGUAUACAUUUUUAAGAUGGUCAAACGUUAUUCACUUUUAUUUCUUUUUGAAUAAAGAGUGACAUUUUAAUGACGCAACAAAGCUACACGUUGAAAAGUUAAUUUAAUCCUGAGAAAAAAAAAGAAACGGAACUUUCACGCGAUAUAAAUAAAUAAUAACUGCCAGGUUUGAAUGAAGAUGAAAUGAAAACGCAUUUUUACGACUGACCCAUUAAAUUUGCUCAGAACUUCGCUUCCAGGAAACGUUCGUUAUCGCCACUUGGUAAGCGAAUGGCUCAUAUUUUUAAUCAACAAAAUACCAUUCCUCGAGCGUACAUUUGAGUAAGGUUGUAUGCAUACAGGGACCUAGAAAGUUUGUAUCUCGUGCGUAUAUUAAAGACGUCCGACAGGUUAACGAAAGUAGUAUACACAGAAUAUUUGAUCGAAUCCAAUCCAGUUAUGUCUGUCCAGUCUAUUCGAUUAUAUAAGACAUGGAGUGUCGAAACUGCACGUUCCAACCUCUAUGAAAAUCAUUUUCGAAUCGCAAGUUCGUUCAGUCAAAAUCAUCAUCGCAAGACAAACUUGUUCGUUAGCUCAAAACUUCGAGAAGGCAAAGUUUCAUCAGUCAUUCAUUUGUCAUUUAGCUUUUCUUAUUAUACCAACGAUCACGAGUAUCAAAGGAUUAUAAUAUUGAUCUUUUGUUUGUCCAUUCAAUCCACAAAUCUCAUAGACAUUUUUCACAUUCGAACCCUUAUUAGCACUUCGUUCUAUCGCAUCAGAAGCCAUACGUUUGUUAACCCUCUUGCUAGAGCAGUGUUCUAUCAGAAGACUAAUACGCUAUAUGGGCACACCAGACGCCAGUCAUUUUUGUGGCUACGUACAACAGGUUUCCUUUAUAUACAAUUCAUUUCAUUUAUUCUUUUACCAUGCACGCAGUGAUGAAUACUUAACAGUAUUCACCACAGCAGCUGGCUAUGGUUAUCCUUGGCACGCAGUGGGUGCUUAGCAAUGGGUGACUGUAGGUCGCUCUUAGGGUACAGUGGAUAUUAAGCAACGAAAGGGUUAAAUACUCAAACGAAUAAUUUUCAUGCCUUCUUUAUUUUCAAAGACUUUCUCCCCAAUGUAAGUUCUCUUCAAGUUCUCUUGAUGCAAUUCGCAUAGAUGGAUGGACACGUACAGUUUCGAAGACGACCCCCUUGUGUCUGUAUGUUCGCUUGUCUGCCUGGCUUGCAUGCUUGGUCGACGUACAAAAUGGCUGCUCGCAGAGAAAAGAAGCGUGUACGGUGACGAUGGUGAGUGCGUGCGUGACGGUUAGACCUUAAGUCUCUUCUAGUUGCCAACAUACACACCAAUUGUGGGUGGUUUGUACAUAAAGAAACGAUGGAAAUGAAAAUGAAAGAAAUCGAGGUUCUUUCCGUGUGGCGGAAACAGAAACGAAGUAAAGUUACCGAGUUACCUUCCCCUCCCUAAUCAUUCUCGAGGUGUAUCACUAGUUUGUUACGUACUCUACGUGUGUA